AUGAGGUGCUCCAACUGUGUCGCUUCAGAGUCCAACAAGUGCCUGCUGUGUGGAGGUCUUUUUGGUUCCAAGGGCUUGGGCUCAUAUUCCUACUGGCAGGCUUGGCAGGCCGGCCCGCCAAAUCGAUCUUGCAAGCAGUUGUCACUGGAGCAAGGUUGGCAUUGCUCUGCGGAUGACCCAAUACCAGACAAAGUGGGUGUCCAGGUGCGCCUUACCAAGCAGGAGAAGCUCGCCUUGAAGAAGCUCGAGUGCAGCAUGUGCAAGGCUGUUAUAAGUGAGAUGCACAUGGAAGUGUCGCGCCAUUCAAUGACUGAACAAGGAGCAGGCUCUGAGGAACAGAUAUGGGAGACUUCCAAUGCGAUGUGCCUGGCCUUGUUACAGAAGUAUCGACUCAACCUGGAUGGCGAGCCUUCACUGGAUGCUAAACAAGAUGAAGAUGACGAGACUGCGAUGGCGGCAGCGGCCGCCCAGGGAAAGCAAGAUAACUUCAUGAGAUCCAUGCUGGUCUUCAAGAUGGGGUGCCAGCAGUGGCUAGAGGACUAUGGCAGUGACACAUCCGGUUACGUCUACAAGUCUGUCAAGGAGCGCGUACAGUCACCAGCAGGUGCUGCUCAAGAGUUCUGUGUUCGAUCUGUGAAGCUUUGCGGCAAGGGCGCGAAGGGGAAGAAGAAGCAAGAGAAGGCCGAGAAAGAGCGCCUGGCACAGCGUACCAAGAUGGCUCAGAAUGAAGAGGCAGCUGAGGAGAAGCGCAAGAAAGAUGAUCCCAUGAGUUCAUUGCCAGAUGAUUCAAAAUUUGGAAUACAACGCUUACUUGAGAUGGCUCGCGACGAUCCCCUUCACUACAUGGAUGAGGCUACGAAAGGUCGCGUCCAAACUGCCAGAGGAGAUCUUCGUUGCGAUGUUUGCAGGAAAGUGCUGGAGGAGACAGUGUCCGAGGUGUUGCCCAAGCCUAAAAGCCUUCGAAGUGAACAUGACCUUCUGACGAUUAUGGAGAAAAUCUGUGAAGGUGGCCCUGACUUAUCCAUCCCGAAUUACUUCGGUGUGGAGCCUCCACCUUUGCCUGCCAAGUGGACUGACCGCUGGCGACCAAAACUAGACAAGAAAUUGAACCGCUACGUCCUCAAGGCGAUGCCGAAGAAGUCAAGACAAAAGCGUGACAAGUGGCGGAGCUUGGCCAACGAAGGCAAACAGCAGCCUCCGGAUCCUGACGAUGCUGAACAGGAUACCAUGCUGACCUUAACGUGCAAGGAUAUCGUGGAGCCAGAGCGCUUCUCCGAGUUGUUGUUUCGGGAAAUGGGGGCAUGCCAGGCGGGCUCUCGUUGUACAGCAGCUUCAAGAACGGCGAUGCAGGCGGUGUUUAAAACGAGUCCAUCUGCUCUUCUCAACCUCAUGCUAGACUUUCUCUGA